AUGUUUCACGAGAAGAAGAAGAAAGAUGUUAAAUUCUUUGCAUUCUCUGUUUUUGCGAUCAUUUGCUUCGAAUUUUACAGUGUAAAUGCUAUCAAAUUACCCAAAGACGAAGUCGAUGCUCUGCAAGAAAUCGCUACCACAUUGGGAUCAAAAUUCUGGAAAUUUGAUGCUGACAAUUGUAAGGUCGAGUUGGUGGGGUUAACAGAAACUCUUCCUCCGACAUCUGAGCAAGAAAUUGGAUGUGAAUGCAGUCCCACUAACGAGAAUGAUUGUCAUGUUGUGAAAAUUGCCUUCAAGGAUCAUAAUCUUCCAGGAACUCUUCCUCCUCAUAUAACUAGGCUUCCCUACCUCCAAGAGAUAGACUUCGCCUACAACUACAUCAGUGGGAGCAUACCACUUGAAUGGGCUAUGACAAAUAUAACUUUUAUCUCUCUUCUUGUGAAUCGGUUAUCAGGGGAAUUUCCGAAAUGGUUGGCAAACGUUACCUCACUAACAUACUUGGAUCUCGAGUCAAAUGCGUUUACUGGAACUAUUCCUCAAGAGCUUGGGAACUUGUUCAACUUGAAAACACUGUUGCUUUCCUCCAACAAUUUGACGGGAACUUUGCCAGCUUCAUUAUCUAGACUUCAGAACAUGACAGAUUUCAGGAUUAACGAUCUCCACCUCACUGGAACGAUACCUAGCUACAUAGGAAAUUGGAAGGAACUCAAGAGACUUGAAAUGAUUGCAUCCGGUCUCAAUGGUCCAAUCCCAUCGGUCAUCUCAGUUCUGAAUAAUCUUGUUAAUCUGAGGAUCAGUGAUAUAGGUGGACCUGUCCAACCAUUCCCUUCGUUGAGGAACGCGACCGGUUUUUCUAAACUGAUAUUGAAGAACUGUAAGCUUUCUGGAAAAAUUCCUCCCUAUAUUGCAACUAUGAAGGAUCUGGAGACACUGGAUUUGAGUUUUAACAAGUUGGUUGGGGGAGUUCCGUCAUUUGCGCUGGCAGAACAUUUACGGUUUAUCAUUUUGGCUGGAAAUAUGCUCGUGGGAGAUGUUCCAGAUGAUUUACUAAGGGAUGGAAUCACUGUAGAUCUUUCAUAUAAUAACCUCAAGUGGCAAAGUCCUGAAAGUCGUGCUUGUCGGCCAAACAUGAAUCUGAAUCUAAACUUGUUUCAGAGCACUUCGACAAAAAAAUCGAGUAAAUUUCUGCCGUGCAUCAAUGAUUUCAAAUGUCCUCGAUAUUAUAGCUGCCUCCAUGUGAACUGUGGUGGAAGCAAUCUACCUGUAAAAGAAAAAAAAAGCACAAUCGUAUAUGAAGGAGAUGGAGAGGCUGAAGGUGGUGCUGCUAAGUAUUUUUUAAAGCCUAAUCAUUAUUGGGGAUUCAGCAGCACAGGGGACUACAUGGACGACAACAAUUUCCAAAACACAAGAUUCACCAUAUUUCUCCCGUCAUCUAACCUGUCUGAGCUAUACAGAACAGCACGAAUAGCUCCAGUAUCGCUCACUUACUUCCAUGCGUGCUUGGACAAUGGAAAAUACACGGUAAAUCUAGACUUCGCUGAGUUGCGGUUCACCAAUGAUGAUACCUAUAGCCGGCUUGGGAGGCGUGUGUUUGACAUUUACAUUCAGGAGAAAUUAGUGGUUAAGGACUUCAAUAUCAUGGAUGAGGCACAGGGAGCUCAAAAACCUAUAACCAAAUCAUUUACUGUCAAUGUGACAAACCACUUUUUAGCCAUCCGGUUGCGUUGGGCUGGUAAAGGAACUACUAGGAUUCCCAGUAGAGGGGUUUAUGGUCCUCUCAUAUCGGCUAUUUCCGUACUUUCAGAUUCUAAGUCGUGCUCACCCCCGAGUACUGGAUUGAGCGUGGGAGCGUAUAUUGCACUUGGAGUUGGAAUCCCAUGUCUUAUUAUCUUUAUACUGGGAUUUCUGUGGUUUUGUGGUUUCCUUCCAAGUUUUUGUCAGCGACGAAAAGAUCCCUAUGAAGAAGAGUUACCAUCUGGAACUUUUACAUUAAGGCAGAUCAAAUUUGCUACGGAUGAUUUCAAUCCGACUUACAAGAUUGGAGAAGGUGGUUUUGGUCCUGUAUUUAAGGGUACGUUAGCAGAUGGAAGAGUUGUAGCAGUUAAGCAGCUCUCAUCUAAAUCGAGACAAGGGAACCGAGAAUUUCUAAACGAGAUAGGCGCAAUUUCUUGUCUUCAACAUCCAAAUCUUGUCAAGCUUCAUGGCUUCUGCGUCGAACGGGCUCAGCUAUUGCUGGUGUAUGAAUACAUGGAAAAUAACAGUUUAGCUCAAGCGUUAUUCAGUCCAAAGGAUAAACAGAUCUCACUGGACUGGCCUACUAGGUUUAGGAUUUGUAGCGGGAUUGCCAAGGGUCUUGCGUUUCUACAUGAGGAAUCACCGUUGAAGUUUGUACACAGAGACAUCAAGGCCACAAAUAUAUUAUUGGACAAGGAUUUAACUCCCAAGAUAUCCGAUUUCGGAUUGGCUAGGCUCGAUGAAGAGGAGAAUACACACAUCAGCACCAAAGUCGCUGGGACAAUAGGAUAUAUGGCACCGGAAUAUGCAUUGUGGGGUUACCUCACCUUCAAAGCAGAUGUCUAUAGCUUCGGUGUUUUGGUUUUAGAGAUCGUCGCUGGCAUAAACAAUAGUAGUUUCAUGGCGGCAAAUGAUUCUGUCUGCCUCUUGGAAUGGGCUAGUGAGUGCCAAGAAUCAGGGCACUGGAUGCAAGUGGUGGAUGAGAGAUUGAGGCCUGAAGUGAACAGAAAAGAAGCAGAGGCGGUUAUUAAAGUGGCUCUCGUGUGCACGAGCUCUUCUCCAAAUGAUCGUCCUAUAAUGUCAGAGGUUGUUGCAAUGCUGGAAGGUCUCUAUCCGGUGCCAGAAUCAAUCCCGGGAUCAAGCAGGAAAUCAGGGGAUGUAAGGUUUCAGGCGUUUAAAGAUUUAAGGAAAGGCUCGGAGAACAACAGUAAGACGCAGUGUUCUGUUAAUAGUUAUCGUUCGGUUACUACUUCAACUUCUACUAAUGUAGUUGGACAAGGAGUUCAAGAAAGAAAGCAACAAGAGCCAAGGCCUUGA